AUGCCUUCCACAUUCAGACACAACACUGCCUCCACGGCAUUAAUAUUACUCGGCCUUGCCCUCUCCGCACGAGGCGUCGAGGCGCUCAGCGCCAUCACACCCGAAGGCUGCUACUCCGCCUCUGCCCCAUUGCAAAACCAAGGCUCCUAUCUCUACCAAACCACCGGCUACUGUCAGCCACUAUGCGUCAAUCAGAGUCUACCCGUCAUGGCUCUGACCGGCGGCGAUACUUGCUACUGCGGUUCCGAGCUCCCCACCGCCACCGCGAAAGUGGACUCGUCGAACUGUAACAGCGCCUGUGUGGGAUACCCUUCGGAUACAUGCGGCGGCCUUGGUUUCUACCAAGUCUACCUGACCGGCCUGGAAGACACCGUGCCCACCUAUUCGGGCAGUGGCUCAGGGUCAAGCUCUAGUGGCUCAGGGUCAAGCUCUAGUGGCUCGUCCAGCAGCUCGCCCUCCUCAACUCACUCUCCCUCCGUCGUCACCAAGGUCUCCCCCCAGACCACCGUAGUCAUCACACACGAAGCAUCAUCAACGCCCACCCAGACCGUCCACUCAAACAGCAGCCACGGUACCAGCACAGCCGGUAUUGCCGCCGGCGUAGUAGUGGCUCUGGUGGUCGUCGGCGCCAUCAUCGCCGGUGUCUUCUUCUACCUCCGGCAUAGGAAGCGAAAGGCGGCAGAAGAAGAGUACAAGCGGGCGCAAGUGGCGGAGAUUAUGCGCGGCGGAGAACGCAAGCCCCCGACUACGGGCUACAGCAGCACCUCCGACUCUCGACUGGAGCCGGCGUCCUUCAACGGCCGCCGGAACAGCAUCGGCAGCAUUGCCGAUAACGAAGACUACUCGCGGAAGAUCCUAAGGGUCGCCAACCCGGACCGUAGCUCCAUCUUCCCCCCUGACCGUGCCUCCAUCUUCCCUCCCAACCGCGCCUACCACCCGUAG